AUGCAGGUUCAGGUGCUAUUUUCAGAGCUGGCAAUGGUGGAAGAAGAGAUUGGUAGGCUGGAAAGAAAAGUUGAGGAGCUGAAAUUGAGGUUGUACCAAGAGAGGGAACAGACCAAAGAAUGGGAAGUGCAGAGGAGGCAAGGGCAACAGAAUCACUCGUUGUGCAGAGUGGGAAAUCAGUCAGUGCUCAAUGAAGAGAGAUGUAGUAGAUCCCAGAACUAUGAGGCAUUGAGAAAAGAAAAAAGGAUGAAGAAUAGAAGAGCCUCUGUGGAUUCUGCAUCAGAUUUCCAAAGGUGGAAUUUCCCAAAGUCAGAUGGAGAAAUUUCUGAAAUGUCAAGGAAGCUGAGUGGGAGAAGCAGAAACCAGGGCAAUGUGGAUAUUAAUGAAACUGGCCUUAGUCUGAAACCAAAUGAACUCUCAGAAGAAGUGCUCAAGUGCCUUAUAGGCAUAUUUCUUGACCUAAAACAGACAUCAUUGGACAAAGAGGGAUCAUCUGUGGCCCCAAAGCUAACUCUCUCCUGCAUGAACUCGAAAGGGUUCAUGGCAAAAACCUCAUUCAACUGCAAAUCAUCCACAGUAUUCUUCAACUACAACACAUCCAAUGUUGACCCUUACUGCAUAUUACCGGAUAUAGAUGGCGCUGUCAGGGACGUUGGCCCAUACAAGAACUUCAUCCAAAUCACAAGAAGCUCAUUAGACGUCAGCCGCUUAUCAGACUGUUUGACUGGAAUUGGAAAAUUGAGGAAGUUGAUGCAUCAAUUGUGUGAUGUGGACUUGUCUUUCUUGACCUACAAGCAGAAGCUAGCGUUCUGGAUCAACAUCUACAAUGCCUGCAUCAUGCAUGCCUUUCUGGAACAUGGGCUGCCUUCCACGCAGGAGAAGCUACUGGCACUUAUGAACAAGGCUGCAUUGAACGUGGGAGGCAUAGUGUUAAAUGCUCUGGCGAUCGAGCAUUUCAUACUCCGCCAUCCAUCUGAAUCGAAACAUGGGCCUGCGUAUGAGAAAGAAAUGCUACUAAGACAUGCCUACGGUCUCGGAUACCCGGAACCUAAUGUGACAUUUGCUCUUUGUCGAGGCAGUUGGUCCUCACCAGCAUUAAGGGUCUACACCCCAGACGACAUAGUUAACGAGUUGGAGAGAGCAAAAGUGGAGUACUUAGAAGCUUCAGUUGGAGUUACAAGCAAGAAGAAAAUUCUGGUGCCAAAGCUUCUACAAUGGCACUUGCUUGAUUUCGCUGACGGUAUGGAAUCGUUGCUGGAAUGGAUUUACAGCCAAUUGCCACGCUCUGCUUCACUGAAAAGAUUGAUAAUGCAGUGCUUGAAUGGGGAAACGAAGUCUCCGAUAAACAAAAUGGUAGAAGUCCAACCUCAUGAAUCAGAGUUCCGGUACUUGCUGCCAUUGUGA